ACAAAACGAUGUAAUGGUGCUAUCCGUUGUGUAAACAAAAACUGUGACAUGGAAGGCACGGAUCUAAAGCCUGGCUGUACCUUAGCACAUUCGCGCAACAAAUGUUUGAAAGGUUGUCUUAGUUGCAAGAAUCCUUUGGUUCACGUGGAUUGUACUUAUGUGGCGUACUUCGAGUUCACGGAUGUCAAAUGCAGCGUUAGACCUGGUACACGGCCGGAACCCUUCAUAAGCAACAAAUUAAACACAAAACAGAAGGCGCAGCUUAAAGAACUUGUCACCACCAGAGUGACACCGAAAGAACUGCAUUAUAAAAAUGAGAAAAAAAAGGGACGAUCUUAGGCCUGCGCGUGAUAUCCAUCCAAGUCUGCAGAAGUAUGACAAGUUGACGUACGAGAUAAAGAAGAUCCGGAAUGAAGACCCAAGUAUCCUCCCCCCGAGCCGAUCCGAUUCGCCCAAGGAACUUAUCGAUCUUCAAGAAGAAUAUCCUGGAUACGUCACUGAUUGUUCUUUGAAGAAGGGAAAUAUGAUCAUUGCUUGUUAUCCGCCAAAAUUAUCUCGUAAACUCGAGUUCUAUGUCCACCCACUCAUCACUGAUACCACAUUUUCCGUGUUUGAAAAAGGACACUAUUUGUGCACGUCAGUGAUCUUCAGCCCACAAUUGCAACGACAUGUAGUGGCUUUUAGUGCUGUCCUUGACGGGAACACUACCGAACAUUUUGAGCUCUAUUUUGCUGCUCUGUUCAAGGCAUUCACGUUUCCAAACGAAUGUGUUGGUGUCGUCAUGGAUUUUUCGACGCUAAGAGAACCGGAUUUCUGAACGUCUACAAGAGGAGUGCUGGUCGUGACGAUGGUAUUACUUAUGUCAAGGGCUGUACGGCUCAUUACGAAUGAAGCGUCCGAAAACUUGCCAAGGCCUA